GACAACCCGUUAGAAAUUUUUCUAUUGGAUUUUGAUUUUCAAUUCUGAGUUUUAAGGGGUUUUUGAGACCCAACUGCGUUUUUGGCUUCGGCUGCAACCUCAGAAAAAGCUUCACUUUGGAAUUCUUGGUCCUUCCUUCAAGCUCCUUAGUAACUGAAGGGAGCGUAAGGACCAAAAGAAAAGGGUAAAUGAUGAUGACAAUGGAAGGAGUAGCCGUAAAACUUCCAUCCUAUUCAUUCCCAAUCAUACGAAGCCCUGCCCGCUGCGUUACUCGGAACUUCCGACCCUUUUCCAUAUCCGCUUCAACUCUUAAAGAAGGCCACCCGGCCGCCCCGUCUGCUCCACCUGCAUCCCUUUCCCUCGGUCACUUGACCCGACCCGAUUUCCCCAUCCUCCAUCAGGAAGUAAAUGGGUCUAGGCUUGUUUACUUGGACAAUGCUGCAACUUCCCAAAAGCCUACUGCUGUGAUAAGAGCUUUGCAGAAUUACUAUGAGUCUUACAAUUCAAACGUGCAUCGUGGGAUUCAUUACUUAAGUGCAAGGGCAACAGAAGAAUAUGAACUGGCGAGAAAGAAGGUUUCCAACUUUAUCAAUGCAUCAGACUCCCGAGAAAUUGUUUUUACUAGGAAUGCUACUGAAGCUAUCAAUCUGGUUGCUUACACAUGGGGACUCCAAAAUAUAAAACCAGAUGAUGAGAUCUUACUUACAGUUGCUGAACAUCACAGUGCAAUCGUUCCUUGGCAACUUGUAGCUCAAAAGACAGGCGCUGUUUUGAAAUUUGUGGAAUUAAAUGGGGAUGAAGUUCCAGAUGUGGACAAUUUGAAAGAUAUGCUCUCAAGGAAAACAAAGCUUGUAGUUGUUCAUCAUGUCUCAAAUGUGCUUGGUUCUGUUCUUCCUAUCAAAGAUAUCGUGCUUUGUGCUCAUGAUGUUGGUGCAAAAGUUCUUGUAGAUGCUUGUCAGAGUGUUCCACAUAUGGUGGUUGAUGUACAGAAUCUGAAUGCUGACUUUCUUGUUGCUUCUUCUCACAAGAUGUGUGGGCCCACAGGCGUUGGAUUCUUGUAUGGAAAGAGUGAUCUCUUGUCUGCCAUGCCUCCAUUUUUAGGUGGUGGAGAAAUGAUAUCUGAUGUAUUCCUAGAUCAUUCCACCUAUGCAGAACCUCCAUCUAGGUUUGAGGCUGGAACACCAGCAAUUGGGGAAGCAAUUGGGUUAGGAGCAGCUAUUGAUUACUUGUCAGGACUUGGUAUGCAAAAGAUACAUGAUUAUGAGAUAUUUCUUGCUAAAUACCUAUACGAUAGCCUUAGUUCAGUCCCCAAUAUUCACAUUUAUGGUCCUGUCCCCUCAAAUCAUGUCUCCCGUGCUGCUCUUUGUUCUUUCAACAUCGACAAUAUUCACCCUACAGAUCUAGCAACUUAUCUUGACCAACAGCACGGAGUGGCUAUCCGAUCUGGUCACCAUUGUGCCCAACCCCUUCAUCGACAUUUAGGAGUCAGUGCAAGCGCCCGUGCGAGUCUUCACUUCUACAACACCGUAGAGGAUAUUGACGACUUUAUCCGGGCCCUCAAUGACACAGUCAGCUUCUUUAAUUCUUUCAAGUAGAGAGCCUUGCUAGCCUCCUGUAAAUUGUACAAACUAUUCUACUGACUCCGUAAGCUUAUAUGAAUUGAGCAUCAUUUGUGCGAUUAUUUGUUAAAGACUUGA